GGCGCCGUGCAGCACUGGGACCCGCACUCGCCUGGCAGCCCUGCCCGUCUGCCCGUCGGCCCCGCGUGCCCUCGCUGCUGCGGGUCUGCGCCCCUGGACCCCACCGGCACCAUGCACCUCUCCCAGCUGCUCGCCUGCGCUCUGCUGCUCACGCUACUCUCGCUCCGGUCCUCCGAAGCCAAGCCCGGGGCGCCACCGAAGGUCCCGCGAACCCCGCCAGGGGAGGAGCUGGCUGAGCCCCAGGCUGCCGGCGGCGGUCAGAAGAAGGGCGACAAGACUCCUGGGGGCGGCGGCGCCAACCUCAAGGGCGACCGGUCGCGACUGCUCCGGGACCUGCGCGUAGACACCAAGUCGCGGGCAGCGUGGGCCCGCCUUCUUCAUGAGCACCCUAACGCGCGCAAAUACAAAGGAGGCAACAAGAAGGGCUUGUCCAAAGGCUGCUUUGGCCUCAAACUGGACCGGAUCGGCUCCAUGAGCGGCCUGGGAUGUUAGUGCGGCGACCCCUGGCGGCGGAUUGGGAACUUGCUCCUUGUGCUGAGGUCAUCCUUGGUCAUCAGCCUCUAGCAUCUGGAAACACCUCCAACGCAAUGUGGCUUUUACAUUUCUUCUUUUUUUUUUUCCCCUGGUACUGGGAAUACACAACACCAGCUGUUUUAUUAUUAUUUUGGGGAGGGGAGGGUAUGAUUUUAUUGUUUGGGGGUUUUUUUGAAAAUUAAAAAUAAAAAGUUAUAUAUUAUAUAUAUAUAUUAUAUACAUGAAACCCACACACCUACACCGACUUGAUGACAAGGGACAGUUUUUAAGAGACUGACAACACCAGCUGUAAAACAUUGCUGUUUGUAAAUUCAUGUCAUGCAUAAAUGUAUUUAUGUUGUAAAGCUAUUUAUAUUGUUUAUAAAGAGAUAUUUAUAAAAAUUUUAUUUAUGUAACUAAAUGAAAGAAGCCAAUCAUUGUAAUGUUUUUGUCCUAACUAGUUGAAAAAAUGUAAAAAAAAAAAAGUCAUUCCAUGAA